AUGGCUGAGACAGCUCCAGUUCUUGUUAACCACAGGCCUUUUGAACCAAACCCUAUCCUCUCCCUUCACUCCAUUGACUCAUCCAUCAUCAAACCUCAUGAUUCCAUUGCGGUUGUUGAUGAUGUUGAGAUCCCCACCGUUGAUUACUUCAUGUUAUUCUCUGAUGAUCUUGAUGAACGAUCCAAAGCCCUCGAAUACAUAGGCCAUGUCUGCAAGGACUUUUGCUUCUUCUAUAUUUCAUACCUUGGAUCUGAAGUAUCAAUCCAAGUAGAUCCAUAUAGACUGGUAAACCAUGGCAUAUCCGAUAGUGUGUUUGAGGGUGUUUUCAAAGGAAUUUCUGACUUCUUUAAUCCAACGGAGAUAGAGAGCCGAAAGCAGUACGAGAAAAAGAAUCCAACAGAUAGAAUUCGAUGGGGCUUACGAUCUUCUCCUGGAGAGAAUAGGGAAUAUCUCAAAAUCAUUGCGCAUCCCCAGUAUCACUGCCCUACUAAACCAGCUGGUUUCAGUGAGUCCAUGGAAGAGUAUUUCAAGGGAUUGCGAGAGGUAGUACAGGGUUUGGGAAAGGCAGUGUCAAAAGCCUUGGGAUUUGAAGAAUGCUACAUAGAAAAAGCUUUUAAGCUUGGAACGGGCUUUGAUGUGUCUGCCAUGAACCUCUACCCUCCAAAUUUCAUAUCAAAAGGUUCCAUUGGUGUGCCUGACCAUACUGACCCUGGCUUCUUUGUUUCACUCAUUCAAGAUGUGAAUGGUGGCCUACAAGUAUUUUCCAAUUAUGGAAACUGCAUCAAUGUCAAUAUGCCCCCUAAUGCCAUUUUUAUAAACCUUGGGGACCAUCUUGAGGUACAACUCUAUCCCUUAAUAGUUUGUUAUAUCUUUACUUAUAUCUUCAUAAUGAUGUUUUUGUUAAAUAUAAAUUCCCUAAUCACUAACAAAUACAAACUGAGACAAAGAUGUCUUUGUCCAAAUAUAGAUGGAAGUACUGAUCUUCUUUUCUUGCUUCUUGUUAAUCAAAGCCGCCAUGUUGAUAAUGUUGGAGAUUGA